GUGCUGAGCUGUCGUGCGCGGGACGAUGGGCGCCGGGCGGGCGCUGCUGGCUCUGGCCGUGCUGGCGGCGGCGGGCGCGCAGUACGAGCGCUACAGCUUCCGCAGCUUCCCGCGGGACGAGCUGAUGCCGCUGGAGGCCGCCUACCGCCACGGCCUGGAGCUGUACGGCAGCGAGCAGUGGCCCGAGAGCGUGGGCUACCUGGAGGUGAGCCUGCGCCUGCACCGCCUGCUGCGCGACAGCCAGGCCUUCUGCCACGCCAACUGCAGCGCCGGCCCCGCCGCGCUGGCCGCCCGCUUCGCCGGCUUCCCCGAGCUGCGCCUCUUCGCCGACGUGCUGCACCGGGCGCAAUGCCUGCGGCGCUGCAAGCAGGGGCUGCCCGCCUUCCGCCAGUCCCAGCCCGGCCGCGACGUGCUGCACGACUUCCGCGCCCGCGAGCCCUACAAGUACCUGCAGUUCGCCUACUUCAAGGCCAAUAAUCUUCCCAAAGCCAUAGCAGCAGCUCACACAUUCCUUCUGAUGCAUCCAGAUGAUGAAAUGAUGCAAAGGAAUAUGGCUUACUAUAAGAGCAUGCCUGAUGCCGAAGAGUACAUUAAAGACUUGGAAACAAAGUCAUUUGAGAAUCUCUUUGUCAGGGCAGUGAGAGCAUACAAUGGAGAUAACUGGAAGACAUCCAUCUCAGAUAUGGAGCUGGCACUUCCUGAUUUUUUCAAAGCUUAUGAUGACUGCAUAGCAACCUGUGAAGGUUCCCGAGAAAUUAAAGAUUUUAAAGAGUUUUAUCUCUCGAUAGCAGAUCACUAUAUUGAAGUCCUUGAAUGCAAAGUGCAGUGUGAAAGUAACCUGACACCAGUCAUUGGAGGCUUCGUUGUAGAGAAAUUUGUAGCAACCAUGUACCAUUAUUUACAGUUUGCCUAUUAUAAAUUGAAUGACAUGAAGAAUGCAGCUUCUUGUGUUGCUAGCUACAUGCUCUUUGACCAGAAAGAUCAAGUAAUGAAACAGAACAUGGAAUAUUAUAAAUAUCAUAAAGACAAAUGGGGACUCUCAGAGGAAGAUUUCCAGCCUAGACCGGAUGCAGUUAGAUAUUACAACAUAACCACACUUCAGAUGGAAAUGUAUGAAUUUGCAAAGCAACAUUUAAUGGAUGAUGAUGAGGGUGAAGUUGUGGAAUUCCUAGAUGAACUCCUAGAAGUGGAUGAGAACAGCGAAUCCUGAUGAAUAAAACCACACAUCUCUCUCUUUUUAAGUGAAGAGCCACUGUUGUUCCUUCAUAUCAUCUUCUGUAUUUGUAACUCAUGUUAGCAACACCUUGAAGUUGUACUUUUAAGCUCAGUCAAAGCUCACAAGAAACACUUCCGUGGGAUUACCACCAUGUUGCACUGACCUUUUCACAAGUGUGGCUUGUAUGUUUUCAAAUACAUGUGAGGCACGUGUGAUUUGAUCUUGACUUCAAUUUCUUUAAAAUAGUAUUUAAAAACAAAAACAAGCUCUUCAGAAUCUCUGAACUGUCAUUGAGCUUCCUCACUCAAAUUGCUCUAGUAAAUUAUAAUAGGCCAACUCUGAAGGGGUUUUGCCAAGUUAUGAAUUAAGCCAGUGGUUUUCAAACCGUGGUCCACAGAAUUUUGGGGGUCAGUGAUAGUUCAUCGGGCGUUCAGCAAAGAGACCAGAAGUAAUGGCAGAACUGGCUGGGUGAUGGUGUGCCACCAUUGCCCGGCCAGGUCACCUGGCUCCACAUCAAUCUUUAGGAUAGGGGUAGUGGUUCUGGGGCGAGAAAAGUAGUAUGAGAGGGUUCUGUGCUUUUUAGAAAGUUUGAAAACCACUGAAAUAAGUUAUUGAGGAGGGUGUACCAACUGUCAAGGUUGUCUGAGGUGUGUAACAAUAUUGUUUGAGUAGGGCUUUCCCCAUGAUAAACAGUAAAAUUAUUGGAAAUCUCAGGGCAUCAGAGUUGCCAGCACAUUACACAGGAAAAGUGUUCCAGACCUCAAAUAAGGUUUUAAACAAAGCACAGCUCUACUUUUACAUUUGCUUUGAGAACUUCCUUCUGUUGGUAAUUCUGAUCUUUUAAAAAAAAAAGUCAGGUUCUAUGACAUGAAGCAGGAGGUCACUUAGCUAUUUAUUGAAUCAACUCUGUCCUUCCUGCUCUUCUCAUUUCUUGCUCCGUCAUUUCAAACUCAGUCCUGCAGAUCUCUGCUUUCAUAAGUAAUCCUUGCCCAUGUGAAGAUUUAAUCUUGUAAAAAUACAAAGAAUGGUGUGUAUGAUCAAGCUGUUUCAGUUUGAGCAGCCUGCAUAUUUUUACUCAUAAAAGGAAAUAAAGGUAAAAAUAUUCGGUCAGCACAACAAGCAUUUGACUGCCACCUGCUAGUGGUAGGUAGAAAGUGUUGGGAGACUGAAAAGAUGACGUCUAUUAUAUACAGGUCAAGAUCAUGUUGCGUAAGUGUUUCUAAAGCCACGAAAAAUAUUUAAAUGUAACUGGUAAAAUACUGUUCUAUUGAAAUCAAUAACAAAAAAGGCCCAUUCACUUUAACAAAGCUGGGAUUUUGGCUUUGCGUUUCAUAUCUUUCUUUUUUUAAGAUGGCUCCUGCCAGUAAGUAAGCCCUGUUCCCUUUAAUUGGAGACAAGGGUAUUUAGCCUCUUGCAUGAACUAAACUGAGCCCUUGCUUGGAUAUCCAAUGUGAGCAGCUGAACUGUGAGAGCAAAUUCAGUAAAAAGAAUGUGAACUCUUGCUGAACCACCCAUCACUGCUGCAAAUUCACUUGUGUGUUUGAUUCCCAACUACACCAGAGAACCAAAGGAAAACCACAGGUUAAGGAAGAAGUGUCUUUGGUUAUCUCUCAGUCACUAGUCAGAAUGGAAUACUUUGAAAUAUGAUUAGAGAUAUAUACUCACCUCAGAUUCUCCAGUGUAAAUCCUGAUUAAUCCAUUGAAGCCAGUGAGCCAAAAUCUGUACACAGUCAUAACACUAAAUCCAGCAUAACUCCAUCAGCUUCAAUGAAUUUAUGACCAUAUAAUAGGAGAAUUUGGCCUUACUCAGUGCCUAACUGCUUCAGCAGAGGUGGCACAUUUCAGAUUUCCUUGCACUUAUUGUUCUUCACAACAUUGUGCUUGUAUUUAUUGUAACUUUUGUGCGAAUUCAACUUCUUUGCCUU